ACCCCUAACUCUCUCUCACUUCACUUCUCAUCUCAUCUCUUAGUAAUAAUUAUCUAUUUUUCUCUCUCCAUCCCAUUCUUCUAUUCCAAUUUUCGAAUCCACCCCUUUUUCUCUCUCUCUCUCUAUCUUUCCAUGGACCCAACUUCGAUCCCUCCUCCUCCUCCUCCUCUGCCCACCACCAUCACCACUGCCGUCCCCUUCACCCUCGAACCCAACAAUCACGUACCCCCCGCCGCCAACGUCAUCCCCAUCCCUAACUCCAACCCAGCUGCUGCUGCUCCUCCUACUGCCAACCACAAUCAUCCCCCUUAUGACGAGAUGAUAUACACAGCAAUUGGAGCGUUGAAGGAGAAGGACGGGUCGAGCAAGCGAGCAAUAGGGAAGUACAUAGAGCAAGUGUACAGAGACCUUCCACCGACUCACUCGGCCUUGUUGACUCACCACCUCAAGCGCUUGAAAACCACUGGUCUUCUCGUUAUGGUCAAGAAAUCUUACAAGCUCCCUCCCCCUAGAUCUGAUACUCAUCCUCAUCCUCAUGCUGUUGCUGAUGCUGAUGCUGAUGCUGAUGCUUCACUUCCCCCUUCUACCACCGCCGCUCCUCUUCAAACCCCAAGGGGCCGCGGUAGGCCCCCCAAGCUCAAGCCCCAGCACCAGCCCCAAUCCUUUGUGCCGCAGAAUGCUGAGCCCGUCUGGGUCGCGCUUGGGCUUGCGGAUGAGCCUUCAACUGAAAUCAUGAAAAGAGGCCCGGGACGUCCUCGAAAGAUUGGCGUGGGCCCCGCGGUUCCAGUCAGAAGAGGCCGCCCACCUGGGACGGGGAGAUCUAGGUUGCCGAAGAGGCCCGGCCGUCCUCCUAAGCCCAAAUCCGUGUCGACAAUCUCGAAUGGGCUCAAGCGACGCCCGGGCCGCCCACCCAAAAUUCAAUCGAUACCAACCGUUAUACCGUUCGCCGCCCCUGCUCCUGACGUGCCCGCGGAAACAUUACCGCCAACUGGUCCGACUGCUUCUGUAUCCAUUUGGUCACCGAGGCCCAGAGGGCGUCCCAGGAAGAUUGCCGCUGCAGUUCCUGGUGUGGGAGUUCCGCCACCCCCUGUGAUUGGUGGUGUCGCCCGUGGUCGUGGUCGCCGAAGGGGAAGCGGGGUGGUCUUGCCCGUGAUGAGGCAGGGUCGUCCUCCGAAGCUUGCCGUCGUUGGGAGGCCCAAGAGGCCCGUGGGCCGCCCAAAGGGAGCAACGGCUGCUACUUCAGCGCAAAAGGUUGCUAAUGAAGAUCUAAGUAGGAAACUUAAUUACUUUCAAUCAAAAGUGAAGGAAUCUCUUGGUAUGCUGAAGCCUUAUUUUAACCAUGAAAGUCCAGUCACUGCAAUUGCAGCAAUGCAAGAGUUGGAAAUACUGGCAAAUUUGGACCUUAAAGCAUCAUCAAGGGAUGAAACACAACAACUGCAGCAACCACAACCGCUACCGCUACAGCUACCGCCACAGCAACAGCCGCUGCCUCAGCAACUGCCACAGGCACAGAUUUAUCAACAGCAAUAUCCCCAGAUACUGCCUCAGCCACAGCUGCAGCAACUUUUUCAACCACAUACAUCAGCUCCAAGCCAGCAACUUUUUCAAUCACAUACAUCUGCUCCAAGCUAGGAAGAAUCACAUGGGCCUCUAUUUGACGGAGAACCACUUUUACAAGUGCUUCUAACAAGGCACAAGAGGUAAAAGAUCUGUAAAGCGAGUAGGAGGUAGCAGUACUGAUUUUUCUGAGUGAAAUUGGCUGUGUCCAUUUGAGUUUGUUGUUGUGCACUUUUAGAUUGACCCCUGAAGUAAUAUUUAGAGUACUGAUGAUUCUGUUGUUAUUCAAGUAAUAUUUAUUUGACUUUUACAGCUUACUGUAGUCACAUCAAUGUUUAUGUUGG